AUGUGCAAACCGCGAUCGGAAGCGAUCUGGGUGAUACCCAGAACCAAUCAAUGGAUUCCGAUCUACGUCGACUUCGACUGCUAUCCGAAUCAACGAUUGCUGUUCACCAUCUACGCUUUGACGAUCAUCGCCAUCCUCGUCGGAUGCUCCGGAAUCGGCGCCUGGCAAACCGUCAAAUUCCAAAGGGUCAGCAUUAUCCACUGCAAUCUCCGCUUCAUCUACCUAUCUCAUUUCCUAACCUAUCAAUUGUAUCUAAUUGCAUCGCUGAUAUGCAUUCUAUACGAGAUGCACGUGAUUCCGAGACAACACACCUAUCCGGGCGACCUGGCGCCCAUCAUGGCGGGUUUCAUUAAACUCGGCUACAUGCUCUUCGGCUUCCAUGUCAUCUCAGUGAUCGUCGUUGAGCGCUUAUUCGCCACCAUCUAUGUGCGAAGCUAUGAGAAGCAUAAGAACGUCUCGCUCGGUGUGAUUUUGGUGCUCGGCGAGCUCAUCGCCACCGCGUUCUUCGCCGUCAACUUCAGCUAUCGCCAUUUUUCGGUUUACACCGGAAUCGGAUGUGUCGUAUUCAUCGGACUCCCGUCGUUUCUGAUAUUCAUCAUUAUUUAUACCUUCAACAAAAAGUAUCGACAAUCUUUAAAGGGUCAUGAUGAUGACGUGGCAAAUUAUACUCUAAGCACUCGAUAUCAGAUAGCCGAGAAUUUGUACGUCUUUAAGAUGGUUUUCGAACUCGUCACAAUCUCGUUUAUCGGUCAUCUCAUUUCCAUAACACUCAUCUAUUUUUACGCCAUCACCGACAUAUCAAAAGAUGACGUGUCGAACAAUCCGAUAUUCGGAUUUUUCCUCGAACUAGAUCACGCUGUAUAUCCUGUUAUUGUAAUGUGGCGGCUAAAUCAUGUCGAGAACACCAAACGGCAACGGCUCAAUAGCCGCGUCGAGCCACAAUGCGAUCGCGCUCAAAUCUAUUUCAAUCAUUUAUCGAGCACUUGGAGCUAA